AUGGCCUCUCUGACCCAAUAUUCAGUAGGAGCUUGCCUCACCCCAAACAAGAGCUUCAACCUCAACACAUUGUUUUCUGUUUUUCCACAAGCACUCAAUGCAACAAGUCAUAUCAGAAACCAGAAGACCCAAUUGUCAUUAAGUGGGAAAAAGCUGCAGCAAAAAUUAAUUUCAAAUAUUGUUGGGAAAAAUUGCAAAUAUGAGAAAUGGAGAGUUUUUGGCAGUGAUGAUGGAUCUUGUGGGAUUGCACCUCUGCCCCUCCCACCUUCUGUGUUGGAGGCAGUUCAAGAUUUCUACAAGGCCAUCAAUGCCAAGGACAUACAAGCUCUAGAGCAACUUCUGGCUGAUGACUGCCAUUAUCAAGACCUUGUCUUUUAUGUUCCUUUUGUAGGAAAAGAGGCGAUCAUGCAUUUUCUUAGCAAGGUGAUGGAUGCAAUGGGAUCCAAUAUUCAUUUUGUCAUUGAUGCUGCGACUGAAGGUGGAAACUUGACCGCCAGUGUAAUUUGGCAUCUUGAGUGGAAAGACAAAGAGAUACCCUUUGCCACUGGUUGCACAUUCUUUGAAUAUGAACAAGUUGAAGGAGAGCUCUUUCUUAGGAAAGCAACCGGCAUGGAAGAACUUCCAUUCAAACCAGGUGAUUUGGUACUGAAACUUUUAAAGUCAGCAAGUACCUUCUUUGAUCUCUAUCCAAUGGCGGCUGAAGCGUUGUUGCUGAAGUCCCAUGGAAGUGGCCCGCAUGAAGGAUUAGAUACGCUUUUAGACAAGCUUCGGGGUAGACACUGA